GCCACUGGCAGAGCCACUGAUCUCAUUUCACUUUUUUAUCACGUAUUAAAACUGCAUUUUCCAGUUUGUGCAGAGUGGCGUUUACGCGGCAGACUAUAUAUAUAGUGACUGGUCCGGCAUGCCAUCGACUGGUCGUUUGCUCAUUAGACCCCGCGGGGAUCUUCAACCAGCAAGCAAUGGAGAGCCGGGCGUGGGUGCGCAUGGGUUCCGUACUGCCUCCAUCGUGGAUGUCCAGUACUCGUAUCCGUUGAAGAUUCUGGUUCCGCGUCAUGCCAGCUCCACGGCGAGCAUGUGGGUCUAUUUCAUCACGUACGGUGGUGGACUGGUGCAGGGAGACCACUUGUCUAUCAGUGUUGAUAUAGAAGACCAGUGCUGUGUUGUCAUCACUACACAGGGCUCAACAAAGGUGUACAAAUGCGAAGACGACUUGGGUGACGAAACAAGAGCUGCGCUCGCGGUGGUGCGGGUCCAUGUUGAGCAUUCUUCCAGAUCCGGUCGUUUGCUUUGCCGACGCGAACUACUCACAGACACAGGUGAUAGAGCUAACGCCAUCAUCGAAUCUCGUGCUGUUGGACUGGUUAACUGCUGGCAGGAUUGCUCUAGGAGAAAAUUGGGCAUUGAAAAAAUUGUGUUCGUCGAGCAAGAUAUACAUAGAUAACGUUCUCAUAGUCAACGAGUCAGUGACACUAAGUGACACCCCGACACUGACGCUGCGUGAAAGCAUGGGAGAAUAUAAGGCAUUGGCAUUCUGUGUGAUACUUGGGCCAGAACUGGCAGAGCUUUGGCGAAAAGUUCUCAAAGAUCUAGGUGCCGUGCAAGCUUACGGUUCAAAACCAAACCCGGCUAUGUUUAAGAGUGCGAGUCCAUUGUGUCCCACGGCACAUGCAGAGCCCAUCGGAUGUGUCGUGCGUAUAUGUGCCAGCAGUACAGCCAUG